AAGUCUGGCGAUUUCUCCACUAGUUAUUCACUCGUCAGUCUACACAGAGCCACUUCAGCCGACGGACCUUCAUAUAUAUAUAUAUCCUUAUUACCGAGUUCAUUACAAAACUAUAUCAAAGGCCUCAUUACACACUGGUUUGUUGAGCCUGACAGCAUGUUUGUUCAAAUUGUUCCAGUCCACAUGCCUGAUGAUAGAAGUCCUCAGCGCUGGGGGUAUAUUCCCCAGAGACCUGUCUGCCAAAGUUUGAUGGUCAAGCACUUCCAGGAGAUGCUUAACCAAAACAGACAGUCUCCAUGGAAACACAGGAGCAAAGGUGGCAAGAUUCCCUUGCGUUAUCGACCCCUUGGUCAACAGUGUCCUGCAUCCACGCGGAGACCAUGCAGGAAGCUGAAGAAUAGGCGGAGCGAAAUACCAGAGGAAUGUCCCAUAUUGCGUAAAAAAUCCAAAGUGAUGAAGACGAAAACUCUUGGUUCUCUGGACCUUCGGGGCUUCAAUACUGACGAGGUCAAGGUGAAGGUAACUGAUGAAGCCGUUACUGUAUCUGCCCAACGGGAUCACCCAAACGCCUCAUUCCAAGUCAAAAGGUCACUCCCGCUGCCUCCCGAUGCCGACAAAUCGGAAAUCGUGCACAGAUUUGUUGAUGGUGAAGUAAUUGUUGAGAGGCAUGUUUCCCUUGAGGGGAUAGAAUGCAACAACAAAGGCUUUUCAGAGGGAAAUAUCUCCGACAAGCAAGUGGUUGACUCUGACUGUAAGUGUGAGGACGAAAGAGCAAAGGCAACAAGAAACGAAGAGACCGGCGAAUGUGCUGUUCACAGAGACAGGACAGUGGCCGAAGAUGGCAGCGAGAGAUUACUGUCAGUGGAGAAGCAGGUAUCAACAGGCCGAGUUGAGCAGACGUGUGAGACAGAAGGAUCUAACGGUAAAGAGGAUGCAGUAGAUUCAGAGUCUGUUGCAGUCACACCUGACGUCAUAUUAUCUGAAGUCACUGGCGUCAAACCAGAGUUUAAAGUUCAACUGGACCUUUCUGACUACCAACCAAAUGACAUACGGGUGAGAUUCAAACACGGCGAACUGGUUGUUGAAGCAGAGCGACAAAUAAAGGGAGACAACUUCUGCGAGACUGAAAAGGUAACUCGGCAUAUACAUGUCCCGGAAAAUGUGGACGAGUCUGAACUGAAGAGUAUUGUUCGUGGCGGAGUGAUGACAAUCCGGGCACCCUUUAUUCCUGAUGAGAAAGGCAGAACACUCUCGAGUUCUUCUUACCCAUUGAUGUGGGAUCUGUGAUCAAGUCUUUCUCUGAACAAUUUUUCAUUACCACCCGUAUGCACGUAUUUGUUUUGAAUAGUCUUUGUUUCCUUUGUAUAUAUCUACAUUGCUAUCACCAGGAGCCAGGUCUUGUUGUUUUAUGACUUUUUUCAAAAAGUAAAUAGUGAGAAUGCAAAUGAUUAGUGCAGUCAUGUUGUUUGAAAUAUAUCUGUUCAGGAAUCAUACACAUUAAAUUAUUUAUUUUGUCAUUGCCACGUUAAUAUCGUUUGAAAUACUUAUUAAUAAAUCAUGUUUUGACA